AUGGACGACGACUUCGACGGCGCCGACGUCCGCGUCGAAGCCACCGCCCCCGCACCCGCCACCGACGCUCUCUCAAAGCGAAAACGCAAGCGCGAGAAAGAAAAAGCCAAUAAAGCCGCCGCUGCCACCACCACCGCCACCUCCUCCACCACCACCCCCACCUCCCGCCCCUCCAAAAAGGCCAAACCCGCCCCCAAAUCCACCCCCAUCACCACCACCCCCGACGACGGCUCCAUCGACCCCACAAUCGCCCACAUGGACCCCCCGCUCCUCGCCGACCACCUCAUCUCGCGCCACAAGCACUGGCACCCCACGCUCAGCGCCGUCGAGCUGCACGACGCACACAUCCCCGCCGCCCACUUCGGCGACACGACGCACUGGCAGUCGCAGCGGUCGCUGGCGAACCUGCCCAACUACCUCGAAAAAUGUUGUCGAGUUGCCGGCGCGAAGAAGUUCAGGCUGGACCAGGCGGCGGAGGCGCACGGCGCGCCGCAUACGCUGAGUAAGGAUGCGAUGGUGGCGAAGCUGUUUGCGAAGCAUAUUAAGCUGGCGGAGAGUGUGGAGGUGUGUAAGAACAACCGGAUUGGAAUCGCGGUCGGCACACCUUCUCGAAUCCUCGAAGUGCUCAAAGAAGAGGUGCUGAAGCUGGACGAGCUGCGGUGGAUCGUGGUGGAUGCGAGUUAUGUGGACAAGAAGGGGUUUGGCGUGUUUGGGAUCCGCGAGGUGCAGGAGGGCGUUAUGGAGCUGUUUGGGCAUGAGAAGGUGAAGAAGCGGUUUGAGGAGGGGUUGAAGAUUUUGUUUUUUUAG